CAAGCGGCCCCACCCCGACUCGCCGACCCGAAAAUUCUACCCCAUAUCUCACAGGGUCUGAGAGGUGAACCACCAUCCUAACAGGAAGUGGUUCCGCUCGGAGUCUGAGCGCGUGGCCUGCGGUUCUGCGCAGCCUCAGAGCGGCCCACCCGGAACCAGACUGUGGGAUGCGAGGGAAGCGUAACGGGUGCUUUCUAAUCUUGGAGCAGGUUGGUUGAUAGUCUGGAGCUGUUUACUGACAGAGAAGACCACCUGAUGCUGUAUGGGGCAUAUUUGAAACGACUUUUAAAAGCUGCUAUUGCAGCUGGUCUUUCCAGAUGCAAUAGGAAAACAAGUGCAGUUGGAUGUGGAUUCCAUUGGGUCAUGCAACACAUGCGUGCUCAAAGUCACAAAACUAUGGCUAAAAGUAAAUUUGAAUAUGUUCGCAACUUUGAAGCUGAUGAUACCUGUCUGCAAAAUUGCUGGGUUGUGGUUCGACUGGAUGGCCGGAAUUUUCACAAGUUUGCAGAUCAACACGGUUUCAGAAAGCCCAAUGAUGACCGGGCUCUCCGUCUGAUGACUAAAUGCGCGUUGACUGUCAUGGCAGAACUGAAUGACGUUGUGAUCGCCUACGGCCAAAGUGAUGAAUACAGCUUUGUCUUUAAAAAGAGAACUAACUGGUUUAAGAGGAGAGCAAGCAAAUUCAUGAGCCAUGUGGUCUCCCAGUUUUCUUCCAGCUUUGUUUUCUACUGGCAAGAUUACUUUAAAGAUCAGGCCCUCUUAUUUCCACCUGGAUUUGAUGGGAGAGUUGUUCUGUAUCCUAGCAACCAGAACCUGCGAGACUACCUAAGCUGGAGGCAGGCAGAUUGUCAUAUUAAUAACCUUUACAACACAACUUUUUGGGCAUUGGUGCUACAAGGUGGUUUGUCCAACAGUGAAGCAGAAGAGAAACUGAAGGGCACUCUUGCAGGAGAAAAAAAUGACAUUUUAUUUCUGGAAUUCAACAUUAACUACAAUAACGAACCAGAAAUUUAUAGAAAAGGAACUGUGCUGAUAUGGCAUAAGGUUGAAGAAACUAUUGAUAAAAGGGUCACAAGUCCGGAUGCACCAGAGGGGAAAACUGUUGUGGUGAAAAGAACUCGUAACAAAGUACUCCCGUUUCAUGUGGAUAUCAUUGGUGAUAAGUUCUGGGAGGAGCAUUUGGAGAUCCUUGCUGAUGACAGCUAAGCAGAAGACCUCUUUUGCUCCCCCACUCCAGAUGGUGUUGAUGUGCUGGAGUACAGAUCAACAAGCACUGUUGAUGCUCAUGCUAUGCUGUCUUGUUCAGGUGGUGAUUUUUGACUGAGCUGCAGGGAAUGAUAUAUCAGCAAUAGAGGGAUGAUGCAUGACGAACAAGGCAGCUCCCUGUCUUGUUCCAAGAUACACAGGUGUACCUUCCAGUGGCGUUCACUGGUUAGCAUGCAGGAACAAGAGUCCUUUGUUUUUAUCUUUCCUUGCCUCCCUGACCAAGGCUAGCCAUCAUUCCCUGCUACUGGCUGAAGUGAACUUUGGAAGAGACUAUAAAAUUUGAGCUAGGGCCCUGACCCCAUUUAAAGUUGAAUUUAUAUGUGGCUUUUUAAUGUUUUAAUAUUAGAUGUGUUUUUGAUAAAUGUCUUUGAAUGAAGAAAUGUAAUAUUAUGGCUGUAAUUGAGUCCCAAAUUCAGGUUAAUAAUUCUCAUAUUAAAUGUUGGUAACCUUUUUAAAUGCCUUUUCCCAGUAAGUUGUGUUAGUUGGAAUUGCAUGACCUCGUGCAUGUUCAACCUAUUUCAUUAUUUAUGCACCUUACACUCUGAUACUUAGCAGUGAAGCCAAGCUGACUUACUUUGCAAACCUUUGUACAAAUUAAUGGAACAUUUCUAUCAAUUUUUUUUAGCUAGUCAUUUUUUUCUAUGUAGUCAUUAAUACCUGUAAGAGACUUCAAGGUAGAGAUAGUGGCAGCAACUGCCUUUGUGUGGGCUAAUUGGAUGCUGUGAUGGGUGGUGGGGGAGGGAUUUGCAUGUUUUCUAGGUGAAUGAUUUAAUAUGGGCCAAUGAGAACUUUUUAUGCUUGUGAUUAGCAAUGAGUACAACUUAUAUUUAUAUAGAGUUUUAAUGUAAUCAAACAACAUAAACUGCUUCACAGGGGUGUCAUCACACACAGCUUGACAACAAGCCAAAUAAGAAAAUAUUAGGUAGGACAUGUGACCUAAGCUUAGACAAAGAGGAAGGUUUUAAAGAGCAUUUUAAAGGAGGAGAGAGAGCUGGACGAGUUUAGGGAGGGAUCUUCAGAUCUUAAGGCCUAGGCAACUGCAGCCAUAGCUGCCAAUGUUGUAGCUAAGGAAAUCAGGGAUGUGCAAGAGAAUCAUAAAAGCACAGACCAUGGACAGCUGUGGAGCUAGUGAAGAUUAGAGAUAGGGAGGAGUGAUGCCAUGGAGGGAUUUCAAAACCAGGAUGAGAGUUUUAAAAAUGAGGUAUAAGAACAUAAAAUAAUGGAAUAGGCCAUUUGGCCCCCUCAAGAUAUUCAAUAAGAUCGUGGCUGAUCUGAUCGUGGCCUCAGCUCCACUCUGCUGCCUGCCUCUCGUAACUCUUGAUUCCCCUGAGAAACAAAAUUGUGUCUAACUCAGCCUUCAAUAUAUUCAAUGGCCCAGCCUCCGCUGCUGUCUGGAGUAGAGAAUUCCAAAGACUGAUGAGAGGGGCCCUGCUCAUCUCUGUCUUAAAUGAGAGAUUCCUUGGGACUGUGCCCCCUGGUUCUUGAUUCUCCACGAGGCAAAACAUCGUCUCAACAUCUUACCUGUCAAGUUCCUUAGAAUCUCAAAGAUCCUCAAAAAACUCUAAUAAAAUUGUCAAACACGAUUUUGAGACUGGGUUCUAAGGUAUACUAUUGAGAACAGGCGGGUGAUGGGAUUUGGAGUGAAUUAGUUUAUGGGUCGCAGGGUUUUGGACCAGCCUAAGUUUACAGAGUGCAAGGCAGAGGACCAGCCAGGAGAAUAGUCAAUUGGAAUAGUCAAGUCUAGUAGUGACAAAGGUAUAGAUGAGGAUUUCAGCAGUGGAAGGGUUGAGGCAGGGGCAGCGUGGGAAAAUGUUAUGGAGGUGGAGGACUUGGUGAUGGUAGAGGAUAGGCGGUUGGAAACUUAGUUUGGGGUCAUGUAGGAUACCAAAGUUAUGAACAGUCUGGUUCAGCAGCAGUCGAUAGUUGGGGAGAGGAAUGGCCUAGGUGGCCAGGGAAUAGAAUUUGUGUUGAAGUAGUUUAUUUUAAAAAUACAUGUGAUUUGUGUUCAAAGUUAUUUUAUUGAAGAGAUUUAACAGCAUUUGUGCCGUUCUAACUCUGAACUGACCACACUCUAGGAAUAUCAAACAUGUCUAGAAUGCUGACACUUGCUGUGAGCCAUGGAACAUUAGGUCAGAGCUACUGGGCAUAAAAAAUGUACCCAGCCUACUUGGAUAUUUUGACCUUGUUUGUUUUGGUUUCUUUGGGCUAUGUGGAAUAAUGCAAAGCAAAAGCAGCUGAAAUGAGUGAGAGGGGCAAAGAAGUCUGAGCUCACACUGUUGAUAGCAAACUGGAGGGCAGAAGUGAAGUCCGAGGAGACAGGUAGCACUGGAGAAAGGCAAUUUGGAUUUGUUCUUAUCUAGGACGAGCUUCAAAUACUAUUAUUUGGCCGUGGAGAGGGACAGGUGGACCUCAGGUGGAUGUGCAUUGUUGAACUGGACAUGAUUUUUAUAAAUUGCUUAAAAACAUGAGUUCAGAAUGUAUGAACAAAAUUUAGGUUUCACUAGAUAUGAUGAGACAUAUUCAAAUUAUUGAUGUCCACAACCUAACCCUGACGGUGUUCACCUUCCUCAUAGUUGCUGUGGCCUCUUAUUGCUUUGCUCUUAUAUUAUGAAUCAAUAGCUAUGUGUGAUGGAAUUUACAAUAAAACUUGAUAUGGA